AUGAGCACAAAAAGAAAACGUGUGCCUGAACCCGAGCCGGAGAAGGAUAUUCCAUCCACUUCGACGGCGAAGAAAAGAAAGGGAAGAAUGACGAUUGCGGAAAAGGAGCGGAGAGAAUCGGAGAUGAAAAAAGGAGAGUACGUUAUGUCGAAAGUCCGGAGACAGAUGAACGCAGCUGGCACCGCUCCCGCCAUUGAGCGCUUUCUCCGUCUUCCAUCUCGACGUACUGAACCGGAAUACUACGAGAAAGUGAAGGAGCCGAUCGAUAUCACGACGAUCCAACAGAAGCUGAAGAACCCCGACUACUCGAGUUUUGAUCAAUUCUGUGAUGAUAUGUCCACCUUUAUCACGAACAACCUCUCCUAUUACAAGGUAAUUAGUGUCACAGGAUGAAAAAUACAUUCAAUGUGUUUCAGGACGACUCAGAGGAGCACAGUGACGUGCUUAAGAUUGAAGAAGUCUUCAAGAGUUCUAAGGAAAAAGUAGUUUCUGGAGAAUAUAUGGAAGACGAGGAGGAAGAAUCGGACGAAGCGACGGCAGAAGAGGAAUCCCAACAGGACGAAUCGGCUGCCAGCGAAUCUUCUCGUGAUUCGACGCCUAUGGAACUGGACGAAUUCAUGAGUAACGACCUGCUGGGAGCUGUACUCGAAGCCACAGACGGCUCGGGAAGGGUACUGUGUCCUCCAUUUCGAGCGCUUCAAAGCGAAGAAGACUUUCCCGCUUAUUACGCGAAGAUUGAGAAGCCGAUCGACUUGAAAACGAUAGCUCAAAAAGGAAGGGAAGGAAAAUACGAAACGAUAAAGGAUCUGAAAGACGAUCUUUUCCUUCUUUUCAAAAAUGCGCAGACGUUCAGUGGAAAGGGAAGUGAUAUUUACAAAGAUGCAGAGCUGUUGAAGACUGUCGUCCGGGAGAAGAUCGCCAAGAUUGAAGAGAAAGGGGUUCAUCCGAUGAGGAAGGCAAAGGCGGCGAGACUGGUGGACGCACUACUGGCGACCACUUCGGACGGCAACAAUUUCUCCGAGGAUUCUGAGGAAGACGAAGAAACUGAGAAUAACUCGGAGCCAGUGUGGAAGCUCUAUUGGACGAUCAGAAAUGCCACUCACGAAAAAGAUCGCAACAUCACUUUGGCUGAUAAUUUCCUCGAACUUCCAAGCAAAGAGUGAGCUCAUUUUUCCUUCAUCGAUUACGGAAAUUCGUUUAUUUCAGAAGCUAUCCCGACUAUUAUGACGAGAUCAAAGUACCGGUGUCCCUUUUUAUGAUAAACAAGCGGCUGAAAAACGGACAGUACGAUAUCAAAUCUCUAGUUGCCGAUCUGAUGCAGAUGUAUUCUAACGCAUUCGAAUAUAACCUCGAAGCCUCCGACGUCUACAUUGCCGCUGAAAAAUUGAAGAAUCUGACACUGCUCACUUGCAAACAGUUGGUACCUUCCCUUGACCUAUCCAACUACGAAGCGCAUUCUUCCCACAUUUCUCCGGCCAAACCGAAACCAAUCUCCCAUAGAGCCAGAAUAAAAAUGGAAAUCGACACUGAUUCGGAAGACAGUCGAGUAUGAUCGACGUUUGGAAAUUUCUCUAAAUUAACGUUCUCAUUUCAGACUCCUCCACCUUCUCACAAGCGCAAAUCCCCAAAAAAGGCUCGCAUGGAAAACGGAUCCGCGAUAAGGAGUCAGAAAAAACCGACGCCAUCGCUUGAGGCGAAUACUUUCACGAGACACACGCACAUGAUGCAGGGACUGUGGAACUGCGUAUACCAGUACAGAGUGAGGGUUCUCUCUACAUUUCCCUCGUUAUUCUCUUAUUUUCAGCACGAAGGAACUCCUGCGUACUGGCCGGCCGGAGCGUUCAUGGAUCUGCCAUCCAUGAAGCAAUAUCCGGAAUACUACCAAAUAAUUCAAAAUCCAAUCGACAUGAAGAUCAUCCGCCAGAAAAUCGACACCAAUCAGUACCCACACGUCGAAGCAAUGCUCGCUGACUGUAGACUGAUGUUCUCGAACGCCCGCGACUUCAACGAGCCCGCAUCGAACAUUCACAUCGAUGCUAUUCAACUGGAGAGAACUCUUCUCCGCACGUACGAGGGAAUGCGCAAUCAGUCGGUGAAUCACGUCGCGCCUUCCUCAAUGCCUUCGACGCCUUCUUCGUCCUCUUCCAAUCUGAUGAUGCAAAACAGAAUAAAGACGUUAGUUUCAAUUAACAGUUUUUGAACUAAUUCAGCUGAUUUGUUCAGGAAGACGACAAAAUCAGAGACGAGAGGACGAAAGAAGAAGAUCCACGGAUCAGAUGACGAAGAUGCUCCGAGAGUGCAAGUGCCGAAGCAGCAAAGGAGCAUGGAGGACGCAAUAAUGCAAUUGCCGCCGGAAGAGCAGAAGAUGUGGAGACUCUUCAAGGCCAUGAAGGAUGUCCGCGAAGAAGGAACGAACCGUCCGUUAGCUGUCAAUUUCAUGCGUCUGCCCACGAAGGACGAGUUGCCCUCGUAUUAUGAGGUAAUCAAGAAGCCAAUGGACAUGAUGAAGAUCAAGCAGAAGCUGGACAGCAGACAGUACGUCACUCUCCUCGACGUCGUCUCCGAUUUCAUGCUGAUGCUCUCCAACGCUUGCAAAUUCAAUGAAACCGACUCGGAUAUCUACAAGGAGGCGGUGGCUCUCCAAAAGGCACUUCUGGAAAUGAAGAGAGAACUAGACACUGGAGAAGACGUCCCCCGUGUUCAAGUCGAGCUCCGCACCAUAUUCACUUCCAUAUUCGCUUCGUUGUUCAGCAAGAAGGACGAAGAAGGAAAAUGUUAUUCUGAUCAUUUGACUGAGAUCACUGAAAUACUCAAGUCGAAGGGAGUUCCAGCCGCGGAGUGGCCGUUCACUUUGGAUCAAAUCAAGCUGAAUAUAGACAAGUGUCGGUAUAGAAGACUCGACAAACUUCAGAAGGACUUCUUCGAUCUCUUUGAACGGUGCAGAGAACUUUCUAAGGUCGGUUCGCCGAUGUACCUGGCUGCGUGCACGCUUCAAAAGGCGUUCAUUGAAGAAAGAGACGGAAGAUGCAAGGAUUUGAUACACUCGAAUGCUUACAGUGUCAUAGAAAAAGACAUUGAUGAGGCGAUCGCACAUGAGCGGACACAGAAGGCGAAGGAAGAAAACGACGAAGAUGCUGGAGGAAAACCGGGAACAGUGAAAAGAAAUGUGAGUUUGCUUCUUCGGAGAUCCUGGAAUAAUUCGAUAUUUACAGGAGAGCGAAGUUGAAGUCGAGGAUUUGGAAAUUGAAGGAAUAAAGUACUCGGCGCCGUGCUAUGCGUAUAUCAAUCGAACUGAUGACAAGAAAACGCCCCUCCACAUUUUCCGCAUUGAGCGGACUUUCAAAAACGAGACUAGCGAGCAGGCAAUUCAGGGAUUUUGGGUCUAUCGACCAGAGGAAACUCUUCAUUUGGCUAGUCGCAAGUUUGCCAAGCAGGAAGUCUUCCUCACCCCGUUCCGGGACACGCUUCUGGCGGAAAGACUUCGUGGACGUUGUGCCGUUGUUUCCAUUUCCACGUACACGGCGAAGAUCGUGAGCGAAUAUAGCGAGGAGGAUGUGUAUCUGUGUGAAUUCAAAUAUCACGGGAAGCCAAAAUAUUUCGCCAAAUUGAAAACCUGGCCAUACACAUCAGAAGAUGACGAACUUGAGUGUACAAAGAGAGCCAAACAUUUGACUCCGAAGAGGAAUUUGAAUGCAGCGGAUGCCGAUGGAAACGGAGAGAUUAAGGAAGCUGUUGAUGAAGGAGAGGAAGACGAUGAUGACCGUGCUCGCUGCGAAGUUUCUCUCGAAAUCGAGCGUUUCGAAUUGGCGGCAGCAUCAGCCAACGCAGAAGGAGAGCAAGGAAAGACCUACUUCCAGCAAAUCCGUUCCUCAACUGGCAAAUUUUACUGGCUGGGACAAUUCGUUCUCGUUUUCAAUCCGCGAAAACCUUUGUGUGACGUGAUGCGCAUUAAUAAAAUUUGGAGGGAAGAAGAGUGAGUUUCUAGUUCUGAAUAACUCAAAGUCUUUUUUUUCUUUUCAGUGGCACUGAAUGGUUCUCCGGUCCUUGGUUUGCUCGCCCGGCAGAGACGAUCCAUGACGAAGGACGGCUUUUCUUCAAGAACGAAGUGAUAGCCGUCUACCGAAAUGACGAAACUCGCAAAGUGUCCGAGAUUCAGAGACUCUGCGAUGUUAUGCCUGCCAAAGUUUAUGUCAAGCGUGAGUUGUAAUGCCAUGCCCGUAUUAGUCAAGUGGUCUCUUUUUCAGAACGUCAGACUGAAAUUUCGGAAUGUGAUGUGUAUGUUUGCGAAACGUUGGUGAACGGAACGGCCGAUGUCCCAGAGGACUGUUCUCUUCUCGGAUUCCCUCCCGUGAGUGUGAUUCAGUUAGACAAUAUAGCGGCGUAGAUAAGAAUCAAGCGUGUAAUUCAUUCGGCUUUCCUGUUUUACAAACACAAGAUGAGACAAAUUUUUCAUAAAAACAAUCGCGUAUCUAGUAGCAGGUGUAAUUGAAAAAAAAGUGCUCGUUGUAUCCUCUAUUUCAUGAUGUCAUGGCUGUAAUGUUACUGAUCCUUAUUGCAAGUCAAAUGAGGAAUAAAAAAUGUUUCAUCAUUUUCAGACUGCCAGUGACGAUUUCAGCUCUGCUCAACCAAUGAAUCUAGACUACGCGAAGAGUAUGCGCAAAAUGAAGGUUAGUAGCUUUUCGUUAAAAUUCUCGACGCUCCAAGUGCUCAUCCGGAUUGCUCUUCGGUUUCCGGUGGCUGCGCAAACGCCAUCUUUUUUUUCUUCUGCUCUUCUGUCACACCCUUCUUUCUCGUCUCUUUUGUCUUAUCUCUCUGUUUGCCACGUCAUUACAGACUGCUGCUGGAUUAAGGUACAUUACAUUCAGUGUCAAAACGAAAAACAGAAGCGCGAAAGAACCAAAUCUGGCGGAGCCCACUGAUAAAGCGAGCGGAAAGCAGAAGCCCGAGAAAGCAGCUGUUAUUCGCCGCACGAAGCCUCCCCCUAAUUGCCGCCGUCUCUCUUCAUCCGCCGCAAUCUUUCCCACUCGCUCUGUCCGCCAGCCAGUCAGUUCGGACGGGGUGUAUAACGUGCCCUCCCUGGGUCGUCCUCCUUUGUCCCUCUCUAUGUCUACGUCUCUUCUAGGACGUCGCUGCUCUCGUAAUGGGCGGCCGAUCGUCGAGCGAGGAGGGAGACCUGGUGUGGGGCGAGCCCGCUGCGCACUAAGGCCUCUCUGUUUGUGUGGCCUCCUCGCAUCGAUUUCCGCGCAAUAGAGACAUCAGACGAACAGAAAUGCGAGAGAGCGUUAGCGGAGGAGAACGUGCUGACGUGUGGGAGGUGAGAAAGUGUACGUCGCGGAGAGACGGGCAGACGGGGCGAGGUCGCGGAGAGAGCGCAGAUGGCGCGUCAUAGCGAGUCUAUGGUUUCGUGAGAGUGAGCGAGUGCGUCUAUCCGUCGGUCCUGGCUGUGUGUGUACAGGCGAACUACUGCGCCGUUGGUUUCGUCGGAUGCUGCCGCCGCUGCUGGUGGCCACCGCCGCCUGCCUGCUGCGGGGCUCCUCGCAGCCUGCAGCACAGCCCGAUUUUGUCUAUGAUACGCGUUUUGUUGGUCUUCUUCUUCUCCACCGCCACCUCCUCCCUCCUUCCCUGACCACCACCGUCGGCGGCGGCGGCGCCCCUACUGCCGUUCUACACGGAAACUAUGCCGCUGCUGUGUCUGCCUGUGUGUGCGUGCUUCUCUCGCCGCCUAGGAAUCCGAGGCCUCGCCACAGAGGGCGGGAGUACUGUAGACCGUCGCACAGUUAGAGCCCGCGACGUGUGACGAAUCCUAGGGUUGCGUCGAAAAGAGAGUAUUUGCGGAAAGUGUAGAAGAGACUUGACUGAUUAUCUGAGAUAGCUCACCCGCGUUCCUUCUUAUAACCACGUCACAUCGCACAGCCACUAAUUCCAACUAUGAUAAGUCUUUUCAGAAUUACAAGCUGCAUUCGUCAAUCCCGAAUGAAGAAUCGUUGUUCUACAAAACACCAAUAAAUAUGGACAAGGAACUCUCUCCGUUUUUAAAGGGCGAUGGCGCGAUGCCGCUUGACCAUCUGGACGAAAUGAUGGAGGACGACACGGACGGCAGCGAGUCCGUGUCGAGCACCAAUCCGGUUGGCAAGAUGAAGGAGGAGCCAGCUCCUCUCCCUCCACAGACGCCUUCUGCCUCCACGACACACGUAGUCGUUGCUUCUGACUUGCCAGUCAUGACACCUAAAGCGGUGAAGAGCAAGAGUGGAUACAUAUUGUUCUCGGCGGAAGUGCGUAAGAGGAUAAUGCACGAGAAUCCGGAUGCCGGAUUCGGAGAAGUUUCGAAGAUUGUCGGAAUUGAGGUAAGAUAAAAGGUAGAUAAACACGCUAAUAGCAGUAGUUUUCAGUGGAAGAAACUGUCAGAGGAACAGAAAAAACAAUACGAGAUGCGCGCUGAAGUGUUGGCAACGGAAAAGGCGAAGCAGGAUGCGAUUAAGGCCACGCAGGCGAUGGCUCUUCUCCCCGGACAAGUACGGAUAUUCCAGUGCCGAUGGGCGACCUGUGAUGCGCAGUACGACUGUGAGAAUGGCCUUCUGGAGCAUGUUAUUCAACAUCACACAAGCCAAAUUAUAAGUAAGUUUAUCGCAGAAAGAGGCGCGGAAUUCAUAGAUCGUGUUUCAGUGGACAGCGACCAACAGUUCGUGUGCAUGUGGAUGACGUGUCUUCGAAAUCGGAAGGACGGAAAACCCUUCCCUUCGCUGCCACGCCUUCAUCGUCACAUCAAAGAGAAGCACAUGCCCACGUCAGCAAAGAAUAUAUAUGCAACUCAACUCGGAAAGAACUACUUCAAAGUUGUUCCAAAUCCAGGAGACACUCCGGGAACUCAAGUGAUUUCCGCUCCUUACGGACGUGUUUCGGCACCAUCAAAUGGAAUUCAACAUGCUCCUCAGCCGAACGGAGUGAACGGAAAUCCGCCACAACAUGUAAUGACGAAUGGUCAGCCGAUGCAUCAGCAGAUUCAUCCGCAUCAGCAAGUCCAGCAACAUCAUCAUCCUGAGCAACACCAUCAACAACAGCAGCAACAUUUCCAGGUUAGUCGGCAAAGUGUUUGCGGACCGACGCGCUAUUGCACAGAGGCACAUGCGCUUGUUUAUGAAAUCGAUUCACAAACGUGGUAUUUUGCAGCAGACCCAACCCCAUCCACAAAUGCAAAUGGCGCAAGCACCGAACGGAAUGUACCACCAAGGACCAUCCUCCUCUCAGCAGUUCCAUCAGGCGCCACCUCAGAUGCAGCAACAGCAGCAAGCUUCAGCCCCACCGCCUCAGAUGCAACAAGUAGCCGUUGCGGACGUCGGCCGAACGGUCGUACGAGCUGUCGUCCCAGCCUUUGUCGCUCCACCGAAUCAAAUUCAUUCGAGACGAGUUCUCCAUUCGGAAGCAUAUCUCAAGUAAGAUAAAAUCAAAUUCUGACCAUAUUUAUGUUUGUUUUUCAGAUAUAUUGAGUCUUUGGCCCAAAACCGUCAGAAAUCCGUGAGUCGCUGGGAACGAAGUCUCGGAGCGACACACCGUAACACGCAGCCGAACGGGCAAUCACGUGUGCCAGCACACUGGAUAAGAGUAAGUUUGAAAAUUCAGUGACGUGUCAAAUGAGUUUCUGUUUGCAGAGAACCGAAAGUGGGCGACCCGUGGCACGCGAGGAAGACGUGUCAAAGGCUCUUUGGAAGCUGCGCGACGAACUGCUGAAGAGUACGUGUAGUCUCGUUAUGGACAGACCCGCACAAUAA